AUGGAGAGGUUCUCUCUCAGUGAAGAUACUCUGGCUGGUCCUGGCGACCACGAAAUGAUGGAAGCUGAGGAGGCGGAUGAGGCUGCUCUAAGAAGAGAUACGGACGUUCCUCCUGAUGUCGGCUACGUGACGUACGAAAUUCAUUUCCACCCCACGUACCGGAUGCCAUGUCUCUGGUUCAAUCUUCAUGGUCUCCCGCCCGAUCAACCAGCGUUCAACCUCGACACCGUCUUUAGAUAUCUGGUCCCCGAUCAGUUUAAAGAUGCCCUUCGAGGUACAGGGCCAAUAGGUGGAAUCUCAGGCGACCAUCACCCAGUAACGGGGUUCCCCUCCUUCUUCAUCCACCCAUGCCUCCUUGGAGACGCCAUGUCGAGGUUUGAAUGCUCAAGAGACAAUUACCUGACCAUGUGGCUCGGCCUUGUUGGGGGUUGCGUCGGCCUCUGGGUACCAAAGGAGAUGGUAAUGGACCAAGUGCCCCACGCACAUGGGAAUCCCACCCCUCAGAGGUGA